AAGGAGCAGUUUGCACGUGGUUCUGAACAGAGAGAGAGAGGAAAAGAAGACAAAGUGAGAGAGCAUGGAGGACGACAGCAGGAACAGAGCACGGCUGGCCAUGAUGGAGCUGGCCAACAUGAUCAGCGUGCCCAUGUCUCUCAACGCCAUCGUCCGCCUCAACAUCCCGGAAGCCAUCUGGCAAGGCGGUUCCAACUCCCCACUCUCCGCCUCCCAGAUCCUCGGGCGUGUCCUCCCCUCCGGCGAUCCCGAGAACCUCCAGCGCAUCCUCCGCAUGCUCACCAGCUACGGCGUGUUCCAGGAGCACCUUACCCCCGCCGGCACCCACCCUGAGAGGAAGUACUCCCUCACCGAGAUCGGCCAAACGCUCGUCACCGACGCCGAGGGCCUGUCGCACGCGCCCUACGUCCUCCAGCACCACCAGGACGCACUCAUGGCAGCGUGGCCGCUGGUCUACGAGGCCGUGGUGGACCCCGCCUGCGAGCCAUUCGUGAAGGCUAAUGGUGAGCCGGCGUACGGGUACUACGGGAAGAGGCCCGAGAUGAACGGCCUGAUGCAGCAGGCCAUGUCGGGAGUAUCCGUUCCAUUCGUGAAGGCGAUGUUGGACGGCUACGAUGGGUUCCAAGGAGUGCAAAGACUGGUCGAUGUGGGCGGGAGUGCAGGGGAUUGCCUGCGGAUGAUCCUACGGAAGCAUCCUAACGUACGUGAAGGGAUCAACUUCGAUUUACCGGAGGUCGUGGCCAAAGCGCCUCAGAUUCCUCGAGUGACCCACGUUGGCGGCGACAUGUUCGAGUCAAUUCCUACUGCUGAUGCUAUCUUCAUGAAGUGGAUCUUGACGACAUGGACAGAUGAUGAAGUGAAGUUGAUCCUGGAGAAUUGUUACAAGGCACUCCCAGUUGGAGGGAAAAUGAUUGCCUGUGAGCCUGUGCUACCGGAGCAGUCUGAUGACAGCCAUAGGACUCGUGCCCUCUUAGAAGGAGACAUCUUUGUCAUGACGAUCUAUAGGGCAAAGGGUAAGCACAGGACUGAAGAAGAAUACCGGCAGCUUGGUCACUUGGCUGGUUUCCCCCAUUUCCGGGCAUUCUAUAUUGACCAUGAUUUCUUUUCGGUUUUAGAAUUCCGAAAGUGAAUGCAUGAAGGAGAUCUGAGUUAAUAAUUAUGUAACAUUCCGGUUCCAUAUUGAGAAAAUGAGUAGUCCACAUAGAGUGAGUGAUUUAUAAAGGUAGUCAUGAGUGUUAAGUCCCACAUUAUCUAGUUAUUAGGUGAAACUAGGCUUCAUAAGGAAUUGUAGGAAAAAAAACGCUAGUCACAUCUGCGCUAUCACCUCAAAAGGACUAGUUAAUUUAGAGUUUUUCUAAAUUUUUUUAUAAAGCCCAGUUUUACCUAAUAACUAUGAAAUGUGGGACUAUCACUUAUGAUUAUCUUUAUAAAUCACCUACUUCAUGUGGGCUACUCAUCUUUCUAAUAUGGGACCGGAGUGUUACAAAUUACUUUGUGUAACCCCUACCAAUAAAAACAAAAACUCAAAUUAGGGUUACUAGGUCUCUUGUAUUACUUUUCUAUAAUAGCCCUACCAAGCAUUUGGUCAGGUGAGUCCUAUAAGUGAUCUCUCACAAUUACCUGUGAGAGAGUCCUUAUCGCUUGUAUUACUUUUCUAUAAGAACCCUACCAAGCAUUAAUAAAUGUAUCUUAAUAUCCUUUCCCAA